AGCCGGCAGCGCGCGCCGGCGCCAGUACAGCUCCCAGCUCAGCACCCGUCUCGCCAUGCGCUCACGGUGGCUGCUCGUGCUGCUCGUCGCGCUGCUGACGGGCGUCUGCGCCGGCCGGCAGACGUUCGAGCGGCACUCAUUCACCGUCGGGCCUGACACCUUCCAGCGCGACGGCAGGCCGUUCCGCUACGUCUCCGGCUCGGUGCACUACUUCAAGGUGCCUCGCGCCUACUGGCGGGACCGGCUGACGCGGCUGCGCGCGAGCGGCGCCAACGCGCUGCAGACGUACGUCCAGUGGAGCGAGCAUCAGCCCGAGGAGAACGUCACCGACUUCAGCGGCCAGCGCGACCUGGAGGAGUUCGUGCGGAUGGCGCAGGAGCUGGGGCUGCUGGUGAUCCUGCGGCCGGGGCCCUACAUCGACGCCGAGCGCGACCUGGGCGGCCUGCCGUACUGGCUGCUGCGGCGGCCGGGCGUGCGUCUUCGGACCAGUGACCCUCGCUACAUGUCGGCCGUGACGGCUUGGUACGAGCAGCUUCUGCCGCGGCUCCGGCCGCAGCUCUACGUCAACGGCGGACCCGUCAUCAUGGUGCAGGUGGAGAACGAGUACGGCAGUUACCCGGCGUGCGACGCGGGUGUACACGGCGCAGCUGCGGAUCUGCUGCGCAAGCACCUGGGCGACGACGUGGUCCUCUUCACGACCGACGGCGGCUCCGACUACUACCUGAAGUGCGGCCCGGUAGCCGACGUGUUCGCCACGGUCGACUUCGACACCAACGCCGACGCGGAAGCGGCGUUUGAGGCGCAGCGGCGCCACAACGCCAUAGGCGGACCGCGCGUCAAUUCCGAGUUCUACCCGGGCUGGAUUAACCACUGGGGCUACCCGCGCAACACCGUGUCCACGCAACAGGUCGUCAACGCCACGAAGGCAUUGAUGGCGCUCGGGGCUAGCUUCAACUUCUACAUGAUGCACGGUGGGACUUCCUUUGGCUUCGCAGCCGGCGCCAACAUGGGCGACACGUUCGAGCCGUGCACCACGUCCUACGACUUCGACACGGGCCUGCUGCAGGCCGUGUCCCAGCUGAACGUCACGCGCGUCUCGCACUCGCCGUGGUGCCCGUUCUGCGACGUGCACCAGGCGCCACACCAGCCGGCGCUGUAUCGCGGCCAGUUCAACGCGCCCAGCAAGCCGGCCGACACCUUCCUCCACCUGGACGGGUGGCGCAAGGGCGUGGCGUUCGUCAACGAGCAGAACCUGGGCCGGUACUGGCCGGCCGCCGGGCCGCAGCUGACGCUGUACGUGCCGGCGCCCUUCCUCCAGCCGGGCAGCAACGUCAUCACGCUGCUGGAGCUGGAGGGUGCGCCCUGCGGGCCGGGCGACCACUGCACGGUCUCCCUGAAGGACUACCCGGUCCUGAAUGGUCCGACACCGGACAGAUCGUAGAAAGAGCCCGAUCGCGAAGCGCAGACCUGAAAUCACACCUGGUCCCCUUUUUGAUUUUCCCAUGGUGACGGGAAAGGCGUUUAGUCGGGCUUUCUUGGUGAUGCUGGGUUAUUACACUGCAUGACGGGAGAUUGAAAAAUAGCCGAUUUACCGGAUAUGAUUGGGGACAAAAAUUGCCAUUUUUUGCGAGCUUGGAGGCUUUAAGAACAAAAUCGUGAAACUGGAACGAUUUACAGCAGACCCCCGUUAGACAACACCCCACUUAGCACUGGUGUGUGCUCACCCACGCUUGCACACUUCCAAACUUAGAAGCACGAUUCCUGAUAGUUUCUAACAGGUGACAGAAAUCUACUACGCAAUAUAAUUUGUCAGUGUUAACGCGCAGAUCAGUGGUAACGCGCGUAUUUAUUCGGGCACGCAUGCUAAUUCCACUGCAGGCAAAAAUGUUAUGCAAAGCUAUCACAGAAGUUAAUGUUUUCCCGGGCUCUUAGAACCUUCUGCUGUACUGCGGAAUAUCAGAGCUUCGUGAGACGCCCCACCGAAGCAAAGGCCAUUCUUCGACUCGCGGCCCGGUUCAGCGGACCGACGUAUCAUCAGCCGAAGGUCGGACCAAUCGCUUCUCCUCAGACGCCAGCUGACCACGUGCAGCGAGCCGCCGAGCCGGUCCG